CUCUCAUAAAGGUUUUUUUUUCCUAGGCAGAUCAUCAAUUGUAGUACCAGACGGGCUUGGUCGUGGAUAAGGAGGAUCGUUAAUUAUCAUUAUAUUAGGUGAGCGUGACUUCUGAAUUCUCUUUCUCUUUCAUUCUGAUUCUAAUUGUGUAACAUUAAGUGGAGUGUCCUAUUCUACUGUUUCAUUGACAUGACCUUGUGUUUUGGAGGAAAUGGAAAUUAUUAAUAUUCGUAGUCUUGGACUUAGUUUUUUCUGUAAAGUAUUCUUUUUACAACGACAACGGCUCGGCCAGUAUUUAAGCUUAUAGAAAAAAUGGUGCGCAUCGUUGACGGCAACGUGGUCCACGAUGAUGGGGAUGCCGUGCGACCAUCACCACCUACACCUCCGGAGAGAACUGAGGAAGUCUCAUCCUGAGCCGCUCCUCCAAGGGUUUAUGGCGUGCUUCAAAAAUUCAUUUCAUCCGUGUAGGACGUCUCUGCGUCAUUUCGGAUUUUGGAGUUAGUCCUGUCGUUAUUCUUAUCAUGGAAUGAAGCCCUGUAAUAGAACCACGGUAGAGAAGUAAAUUGACAGAUAAUUCGUCUAGGCAAUGAAUUCUUGAGGUGAACGAUCGCUAACUACGAAUGCGGCCUUCUACUUCUCAACAUGGAGCAGCGGGGUCUGGAAGUAGCGUGAUGAAUCCCCUGGAUUAUGCCGCAGUCGGGUAAGAAUUAUUAAGUUUUUGAUCGCCUUUUCGUUUUCCGAUUUAGAAGUUUAGCUUUAGCUCUAGGUUUAGGUUUGAUUCAUUCAGACACAGACGGUGUGGAAAAUUUCCGCGGACAGAGAUUUUCUUGGAUGAUGAACUAGAACAAACACUUGUUCUAAUAUCAUGAGUGAUCUCGUCCUUGUCGAGGUUGAGCUCGAUUAGAUUCUGAUUCCUCAUGUGUAUCUGUAUGUGUAUUCGGAAUCUUCUUGAUCGGGUUGUCCAUCACCUCCAUCCAGGUUUUGGUCAUUUUUCCGGAUUUUCCUGAUUUUCGUACAGAGCAUCUUUGCUCCAUCGAAGCCUAGUGCGGUUAUGAACGGAACGGGGAAGCCUGGAAAUGGCGGCGGCGGGCCACCUGGUCCCCGGAUUCAUAGGAUCCAACCACCCAUGCGAAGGGGCUGAGGCUAAGCGGCCGUUUGUCAACACACGUGGUAAGAUACUGGUGUUAAAACAGUGUGCCGAGGUCGGACGAUGUGUGUUGGCAAAUGCUCGUUUCUUAGGACAGACUUAGUGUACGUGAAGUACCUUCUGAUGGGAGGAGAUGAGGUAUCGUUGUCCUCUGGUGGGAGGUGAAGAAGCACCCAAGUUCAGCAAGGGCUACUGUUAAACGACAACGAAUCGGAGCUACUCCUCGAGGAGGCCCUCACUGCACUUAUUAUCGAAGUGGUCGCUAAACGAUGUCUAUGUGUGCCUAGAGUGCACGAUCACUGCUGAAGAUCAUUUGAUCAUAUUAUUUACGAUGUUUUGCCCUCAUUGUGAUUGUUCCUUUACAAUAAAUUUAGAUAAGUACUACUUCUCCCUUCAAGUUCAAGAUUAGGCGGACUAUUACUAACUUUAUGUCGUUGUCAACCGAGGCCAAAGAGUUUACUUCUGACUUCUUUUUUGCUUCCUCGCUCUUCGUGAUACAAGCCUAGGCAAUGAAAGCAAAAAUAUUCGCGGAUCUACGUAUCCAUAGAAUUUUUUAUUGCGGAAUUUACUAAUGCUUGUUGAUUUGUCUUCAACUUCAUGAUUUGUGAACAUAAUGUAACGUGUAGCUCACACCGACUCGCUCUAGCAACGCACAAUGUUAAUGGUGGUACCUAAUCCCGCAGCGAUGACAAUGAUUUCCCAAACUAACUCGAAGCGGAUGAAGCCAAUUAUUUUAUUUCUCCUGUAAGUUCCAUAUUAAGAUCUAAUUUGACUUUGUGAACACUUCCUGUCAUCUCCAAGAGUCUUCGAGGUGGAAACCCUCGCCCAUCUCUUUGUCUUAUUCGUUUACCGAAUGUCCUGUCAGGACAUACCCCGAACCCCCCACCCUUUGCAUUGAUCCCGAAGAUAAGGAUCACGAUCACCUCAUCCUUUUCCUUUUUAUCUCAAUAGAACAUUAACCGUCCAUCUCUGUGGCACGGUCAAUGAACCCAACCAAACAUAACUCGGAGAAGCAUCGUUGUCGAGCUGCUUGUUGAAUGAAUUCGAUCGCUCUAUGUUGUCUGUAUUAGACACUUGAAAACCAAUCAGUCAACAUAGAUGAGGUAAACAAGAUCAAGCGUCUCGGUGACUGAGAGUAUAUGAAUACGUAAAUUUCU